AUGUCAUUUAGAGAUAGUUGUGCUUUGAUAACGUGCCGUUUUUUUUGUCGUUUACGCAGUAAAAAUAAAUUUUUGUGCUUUAAUAUCAGCGGGUUUCAUAUGGAUAGUAAACAUGAAGCAAAGUCAGCUAUGGAACUCGUCAACAUACCCCCUAUUAUUACCACAUACCGGCAUGCUUUGCGAACUUUCGAUGACAAAUUCAAAAACGAUUUUGCAACCAACUUGAACAAAUUAAAAUCCCUAGUGGAUAAAUUAAAAGCAGACCACCUUGGCUUCGAUCAAAGUUACAACGAUCCUGGUACCUGGAACAGACCAAGCAAAGCCCCAUGCACAUACGUCGAAGUGUUUCAAAACAAUGCGGUAAACAUGAGUAUUUUUAUUCUAAAACCUGGAUUUAAAAUGCCUUUGCAUGAUCAUCCACACAUGCAUGGGCUUUUAAAAGUUAUAUCUGGUGCGGUAAGAGUUAGAAGUUUUUCAGAAUAUCCUCUUAAAGAAGCAAUAAGUAAAGUAGAUUUUAAGGCUCGCGCAAAACACGAAGCAGCGCGACUUGCUCAAGGCAUACACAAACGUAGAAGAUUAUUUGCAGAGAUUUCUCAAGACCAUAUUUGUAAGGAAGAUUCUGAAACAUGCAUUCUGACACCAACAGUAUCUAAUUACCAUGAAAUUGAGGCUCUGAACACACCAGCAGCAUUUUUCGAUAUUUUAGCACCACCUUAUGACACAUUUGUGGAAGGAAUUGGUCCCAGAAGAUGUAGGUAUUAUUAUGUGGUUAAUGAAAUAAGUUCAAAUGUGGUAGAGUUACAAGAAACAAAUGUUCCAGAGUGUUUUUAUUGUGAUCAAGCUCCAUAUUUAGGACCCACUCUUGCAUAG